AUGGGAAAGCAACCAGCAGUCGUCUUCAUUGCCCGGCACGGCGCCCGCCUCGACCAAGCGGACAGAAACUGGCACACGACGGCCGAAGAUCCCCACGAUCCUCCUCUAACUUAUGGUGGUUGGGUCCAAUGCCAAACUCUCGGGGUCAGAAUCAGCAAUGAGUUGCAUAACCUCGACCAACAACAUCGGUCUGGUGUCGACAAGGACAAUACCUCAGCAGACCCUCGACCUCCCAAACGGCGGAAGGUCAUCAUUCAUUCCUCUCCCUAUUUGCGAUGUGUUCAGACCGCAGUUGCCAUUUGCGCUGGCAUCCAGCAUCCCCAAAAUCACCGUCGACCCGGUUUGAAGGCCCGCCAGCGGUCGAACCUCUCCCCAUUAGAUCCACCGCCAGAAGUGACCUCACCUCCUGUUGAUACCGACCAGGACGUUCUGCAACGGACCACUAGCCAAGACCCCUUGCAGACAAACCGGUUAGGAUAUAACACUUGCCUGUUGCGCAUCGAUGCGUUUUUGGGAGAAUGGCUUUCGCCCAGCUAUUUCGACCAUAUUAGCCCUCCGCCUCCAUCUCCCGUGCUCAUGUCGCAGGCGAAGCAGACUCUGCAGAAACCACAAGAGGAGAUCAAAGCCGCUGAUAUGUCCCCGUCCUCCACUUAUGACUUACCGUCGAUGGAUUGGGAGGAGAAAGAGAACGAAGCGACGUCGGUGCCGACCCCCGAAAGAGCGGGGUUGAGGGCCAUGGCGGCCGUAGGUCAUUCUCUACCCAAGCGGCCGCGGAAUGUCUCUUUCGGGACCGAAUUGGCCAACGGGGCGAGGCUGCUAAAUAGGAACCUACACCGACAGCCUCUGGGAUAUAGCCCUCCGGUUCCUAUGUAUGCCAUGGGUGCUUCGGACAAAAUACCUCCCGGCUUUGUUGCUCAUGCCCGAGACUGUUGUGUUGUGGUCGAUCACAGCUGGGACAGUCAAAACAAUGAUCUCGACUGGGGCGAUGGGGGUUCAUUUGGCGAAGAAUGGGGCAGCAUGCAUCGAAGAUUCCGCAAUGGUGUGCAAAGAAUGAUUGCUCAUUAUGAGGGAAAAGCCGACGAACGGCAAGAACCCGACGGAUUGGAAGAAGACGAAGAAUUAGUCCUCGUCUUGGUCACCCACCAAGCUGGCUGCAAUGCUCUGAUUCGGCUUUUCACUGGAGCCCCUGCCUUACACGACGUUGGUCCAGCUUCAUUGACCAUGGCUGUCCGGAAGCAAGAUCGACAGGCGCCUUAUCCACCGGUCUCUCCGUCGGACUCCCUCGACAUGGUGGUUUCCGGAGAUUUCGAGAUGAGGCUCAUUGCUUCGACGGAACAUCUACGUGGCGGUUCGAAUCCUCUGGGACCAAAUUCACCACGACUGGGUAAGUCGCCGGCCUUUGCAAGUCGCCGCGCGGUCGGAGCAGAUUCGCCCGAGGGUUUCGCAUUAGGGGAAUCCUUGAACCACCGACCAUCGACAUCAUCGCUAGGAAGAAGUACCAGUCAGAGAGCGCAUGCUGCAGACGCAUCCAGUGACCUUGAACCUCCGACUGGUCUAUGGCGUCGUGGCAGCCGGUAUUCAAGAGAUGAGACGACGGAGUCAAGCGAAGCAGUUGUGACCCCGAGCAUGCAGAGCGUGGGCGCACCCGACGACAUCCCAGAAGAGCCAUUGGAAAGCACAUCUAACGAGCAUGAGGAAAAGGCCGACGCUGAUCGACCCUUGCCCGUGAGGAGCGCGAGUCAGCUUGGGCUAUGGGGGACUGAGUCUACCACAGUGGAGAGGAGCCCUGGCAAGAGAAGAUGGACUGCAGGAGAAGGAUUGCGCUCAACAUAG